AUGCUUCUCAACCCAGCCAAUCAUUUUCCAUGUGAAGCCGCGUUACAACUGACCAAUACUAGGGCCGAGAUGUUUAGUUAUAAUGAAGACCAGCUCCAAAAUUACACAGACUAUUUUACAGACUGGGAUACGCCGCCACAGCAAAUAGAAGGUCAAAAGCAAAUCCAAUACGAACCAGAAAAAAGCACAACUCAUCCAUACUCACUGCAGGGAAAACCACUAGAUAAUCGAAGGGAGAAAAAUAGGGAAAGAGAGCGGAAAAGACAGCAACGUUUGAAAGAAGCUUUUGAAGUCCUUCGCACGGUGAUACCCGACUACUUUUCGGGAAUUGAACCCGGAGAAAGGCUCACUUACAUUAAAACUUUAAGGCUGGCGAAGAAAUAUAUCGCUUCACUACAUCAAUUGUUAGGAAACAGUUAGUUUAGUUCAUCUGAACUCUAAACCUUUUGAUUCCCAUGAGUGACCAAGACAGAAUUUCUCCUUACAACAUUAAUACAAUAUCAACCAAAAAAGUGAUGAGAAUAAAGAAAAAUAUCAAUCUGGGGAUAAUUAGUUGAUCCAAUACUAAAUUCUCUGAACUAACAUUAUAAGAAUUGUAUAGUUGACAGUGAGGGGAAUUAAAAAUUUGAUCUGGGGGUUAAAAGGUUAACACAACUUUCCUCAUUUACAGUGCUGCACCACUAUACUUUGUAUGUUAUAGUCUUCCCUGAAACAGUAUCUUCUAACUCCAAUAUCUCUUAACCCCUUAACUGGGUUCAUACAUUGCAUAAAAAAACAUAAAUCUUUGAAGUAACUUUGUCUCUCCAUCCAACUCUCUCAUUGAUUCCUUGCUUCAACUUCAGAUCAACUCAUCUUGGUUAAAAACGUUUUUAGAGGUGACAUUCCCAAACAGAAACAAAAAAAGAGCAAUAGGCAUUGUUUAGUAGUAGCCUCGUUUCAGUGUUUAAACUAAAAGGAAGGACGUUUGUAAUAACAAGCCAGUUGAUGUACCACUUGAUGGCAGAUAUUAUUCCUUCGCAACUAAACAGAGGACGUUAGAGUGAUCGUGAGCUUAUAUGCUACACUCCCAGAAACAUUUGCUGGGACGUUUAUUGCCUUCCCGCUCUUCUUCGUGACAAAGGCCCAUCCCCUUUUCGCGAAAUAAGUUCCCGCUAAAAUCAAUAGGAACAAUAAGGUAAUUAUGUCUGAGAGUAAAGCCUUCCAGCACUUUCCGAGCCAAAAUACAAUCACACUGUAUAAAUAAUUUCAUAUUUAAUUAUGACAACCGCUAAAUGUAAUAUGACCAACACUCCAUAUGAGUAUGGCAUAAUUAGCCACGAUUCUUCAAAACAGGGCAGAGUACAUUAUGGCAUACCUCAAAUUGAAUCUAGUAAGAAAGAACUGGCUCAUGAACAUCAGAACAUCCAAAUAUUGAUGAUACUGAUGUCUGAUAAUAAGAUGUAA